CCGGGGCCCAACCGCCAAGUGGCGCGUCGAUUCAAAGUGUAGUCACUACGACAUUUAAUUUUACUGCCCAAAGAAUCCAUCAUGACUUUCCGACCUAGGAACCCUUACUAUCUGCGAAUAUCUGAAAGAAAUGUUCUACCACUCUAUCUCUAUCUGGACGACCGACAUCUCGACUGGAUGUCAGACAGGAUUUUACAGCAUGUUCUAGAGGAUCUCCGACCAAACAUUGUACCCAAGCUGAAAGCUGAAUCGGAGACGCAACGGGGAUCUGAUAAGAAAGGAACAGUUGAAACGCACAGAGGAGAAACAUACCAAUUCUGUUAUUUCCUCCGUAAGGCUCAACCUCAUUCGGUCCUUUUGAAAUCGCGGACCUUUAUUACUGUCUCAAGACAAUCUGCAACAUCACUUCCUGCGACAGAAUCAGCUCCUAAACCGCAGAAACGAAAGCCCAACAAUGACGCGAGGAAAUCACGGAAAAAGCCAAAGACAAAAGGAGAAGGCAGGGCCGAAGAAGAUGACAAUGACAGCUACGAUGAAGAUGUCACGGGCGAAGCGACAGAACGUCCUGCUCGUCGUUCCCGUAGGAAUAGACAAGUCGAUGAAGAUGUUGAUAUGGAUGAAGACAGAAGCGAAGCAGACUCCCAGGCUAAGGAUCUGCCACUGGAACUCGAAAUUACAGAAGAAGAAAAACCCAAACCGAUGCUGAGGGUCAAGUACCAGGGUUUUGAUGUCUCCGAGCUUUGUCUCUGCAUUGUUGUUGAACCUUGGCCCCCCAUCCGAGUAUCGUCAAUAGCUCCUCCGUUCCUGUACGCACGGUCACAGACUCCCUCCGUGAACAGAAACAGUAUGCCUCCACCCGCGCCGGAGGUGAGCACGCUGCGCCGCGAAAAGACUCCCCUCUUUCUUCCCGAUGAAUACGAGCGUGAGCGAAGCGAGACACCGGCGCCGUUUCCAGGGCGAUACACUUCAGUGGCCCCUCCAAUUCAUGGUGAUGACGACGACGACGAUGGAUGGGGGAUGAUGGAGUUCAGCCAGAUUCUGAAUGCGGUGGGCGAUUCUCGCGCCGGCGCCAUUGAUGAAGAUGAAGACAUGGAUGGCGCUGUAUUUUUUGGUGAUGCAGACGAGGUUAAGGAGCUUUGA